GGCCGCGGACUUUCGGUGGCUUUUAGCUAGCAGCAGCUAACAGUAACAGCAGCGGCAAAGGAACGUUAAUCUUACGGCUCUUUACCUUUUAUCCUUUAUUAAAGUUUGACGGUUAACUCUUGUCAAAAACACCGGCGUGUAAAACAGUUUCGUGUUCUUAAAAUAUAACAAUAAUAUCGAAGAAAAAAGAAACGAAUUUAAUUGCAUUCUGAUGCAUCGUCUUUUACCUUAAUCUGACAUCGAAAAUAUCGUCGCGUCACUCGUGUGCCUCGGAAAAAAAAGUUCGACGAUGAGACAGAUUCAUUUUUACAAUCGUGCAACCUAUGUUUUUUGUGGUAUAAUGAACGUUCAUUAAUUAAAAGUAGUGUAAGGAACAUGCGAUCGUAUUCUGUAUCAACGAUCACCACCUUCAUCGACUUCAAGACACGAUUGUCCACUACUCAUGGCAACGUAACUGAGCACGUAGGAAAAUUGGAUAAUCGAGACGAAUAAUGAGAAUCAACGCGACAAAAAUGAGCACUCCGAUCGAGGAGAAGAUUGAUCAAAAGCUCAAGGUAAGAAGGGGAAUGGUAACUGUUAGCGAUGGGAAAAGUAAACCGAUUCCUAUGCGUUUAUAUCUGUCCAUGGAAGUAUUGAAACUUCAAAGAGAAGAUUUAGAGCAGGUAGCGAAUCAUAAUAAACCACCAUUAGAUGCUAAGGAACGCAUGGUCCAAAUUACUAGACAAAAAGUUGGAGGAUUGGGAUUAAGUAUAAAAGGAGGAGCAGAACAUAAACUUCCAGUACUCAUAUCUAGAAUUUAUAAAGGUCAGGCUGCUGAUCAGUGUGGCCAAUUAUUUGUAGGUGAUGCUAUUAUUAAAGUGAAUGGAGAAUAUAUUACAGCUUGUAAUCAUGAUGAUGCUGUUAAUAUCUUAAGGAAUGCUGGUGACAUAGUUGUUUUAACUGUCAAACAUUAUCGUGCUGCAAAACCAUUUCUGCAGAAAAAUGAAAAAGAAGAAAAAUUAGAUAAUGUGGCAAAUGGAAGUGCAGAUGAUGGUUGGGUAUCACCAAAUAGACAAACUGGUAGUCCUAGAUGUGGUCAUAGUAGACAAAGUUCAAAUGCAUCAUCUGCUUCAAUGCAGUACAAAAGAUGGGUGGAUGUUAUUACAGUCCCAUUAAUGAUGGCAUAUGUAACAAGAUAUAUCUUUGGCACUGAUAAAUUACGAAGAAAUGCAUUUGAAGUUAGAGGCCUUAAUGGUGCACGUACUGGUGUGAUACAUUGUGACGACAGUGCUAUUUUGAGUCAAUGGUUAAAAUAUAUAACUGAUAAUAUUACAGGUUUAACACAUUUACAGAUGAAGUUGUACAAUCGAAAUUUUGGACCAGGUGAACGUAUAGAAUACAUGGGUUGGGUAAAUGAAGCAGUAAGCAAUAGUAAUCAACCAUGGCAGAGUUAUAGGCCAAGGUUUCUAGCUCUAAAAGGGCCUGAUUUAUUAUUGUUUGAAACACCACCUUGUAAUAUAGGUGAUUGGUCACGAUGUGCAUUAACAUUUAAAGUAUAUCAGACUAUGUUUCGUGUAAUGAGAGAGUCUGAAAAUGUAGAUGAAAGACAACACUGCUUCUUGGCACAAAGUCCGGGUAAACCACCAAGAUAUUUGAGUGUUGAAACUCGACAAGAAUUAUUAAGAGUUGAAGCUGCUUGGCAUACUGCUGUAUGUUCAGCUGUUACACAUUUAAAAAGUAAAACCUUUCCUGUCACAUUUAAUAGCAGAAGUGCAGGUUUGACAUUAGAAUGGACUCAGGGAUUUACUCUUUCUUAUGAAGGAAUUGGAGAAAUCGUUUGGCGUUACAAAUUUUCUCAAUUGAGAGGAUCUAGUGAUGAUAGCAAGAGCAGACUCAAAUUGCACUUUCAAGAACCUGAUAGUAUUGCUAUAGAGACAAAGGAAUUGGAGUGUUCUCAGCUACAGAACCUAUUAUUCUGUAUGCAUGCAUUUCUUACUGCAAAAGUUGCUGCAGUUGAUCCCACAUUUUUAACAUCGACAACUCCAUAAAAAAUAUUUCGACGUUAUUAGUGAUAAUUUCCAAAGAGAAUUACAUUUCUCUUUUGUUAUUGUUAUGCGAGUACAUGAAGUGAUUCACAGUCAAUCAAUCAGAGAGAUAUGUCAAAUACUAGUCAGUAUUUCCAAAAAUAUUUCUAUUUAUAAAAUUACAAAACAUUGUUAUAACUUUUUCAAUUAUAUUCGUUGAUUUAUAAUGAAAUUUUUUAAUAACUUUUGAAAUGAAUUUUAUAAUGUGCAUUUUUUUUUAUUGUUUUUCACUUUUUGAUCAAUUUUUAAUCACUUCUGUGAGAUAUAUUGAAAACUUUAAUUAUAAUAUUAAUUCUACGUUCAUGUAAAAUAUUAAUUGCUAUACAUUUUAACAAGUUGACCAGAUUAAUAAAUGUUUAAAAAUAAAGUAUUACAUGUAUACAAGUGAUCAUUAGACUACUGCUUUUAAAUAUACGAGCGAAUUAUGAUAUUAAAUAUUGUUUUGCCUCAAAAUUUUUUAACAAAUUUAUUAUAUUGAUUUUUGCCUUUAUAAAAAGACGUAUCAUGGCAUUCUAUAAAUGUAUAAUAAAUUCAAUUUUAUAGUAUAACAGAUAUAGCCGUUCAUGAUUUUUAAGUUACAACAAUACAUGACAAAUAUGUGGUGACAUAUUUCUCUAGCCAAAUGUUACAAUGUUUUUUAAUUAAAUAUGUACCAUGUGUAUUAGGUGCCUUAAAAACCAUGAACAAAGAAUAACUACAUUCAAGGACGCAUUGAAACCACAUAGUUCCUUAGUACAGGAAAUUUUACAUACAUAUAUAUGUAAAAUGUCAAGUAACUAUGUUGCAUUUAAUAAUUACAAAAUAUUUAAAUUUUGUUUUAAGUUUUGUUUAAAGAUGAUUUAAUGCUUCAUUCUGUUUAAAUCAGUAUUGCUCGAUAAGUAAACGUAAUAUAGCAACAGAAUAAAUACAUGCCAAUAGCAAUAAGCACUAAUAUAUCAUUCGACCAUGGUAGCUAUCUAAAAUAUUAUUUACUGAUGUAAUAUUGACAAAGAAAAGCGAGUAGUACAUAAAAGAGUGGAUCUAUUGAUACUGUAUCCUGAAGUAUUAAUAUAUAAUUAUUAUUAUUAUACUUAAAAGAAUAAAGGCUAGAGAACAAAAAGUAUUCACUUUUUGUAGAGAAUAAAAAAUUCUUAUAUUAUGUUUUGUGUUUUUUUUAGAAUUAGUUUUAGUCAACAAUCCAAAUUGUUUAUAAAUUAAAAUAUUCAUUUGUGCAUAUAGUUUAUGCUAUCCAUUUUCUCUUUCACUGUUAUAUUCCGAUAUAUAUAUAUAUAUGUAUCUCUAUACAGUAUCUUUUGUUGAAGAUGUCUUGAAAAGAUAAUUUAAAGCAAUAAAUGCUGAUUGAUAAAUGUUUAUAAAUAUUCUACACUCAAAGUGAAAAAAUAAAUAAAAGAAAUAACAGUGUUUACAACGUAAAUCAGUCAUACAUUAUUUAAAACAAGUAAAUAUCAUUGUGAAAAAGUAGAGUAUACGUUUUACUCACUUUCUCAAAUAAUAAUAUAAUAUUUAGUUAUGCACCUCAUUGUUAAUUACAUUUAAAAUUUCAUAAUUAUAAGAAUUUUAUAAUGUAAGUAGUAAUGCACAGAAGAGUGAAACAGUUCUUACUAUUAAGAAGAUUAUUAUGAAUUUAAUUUUUAUUACCAAUUUUAAGAGUCUCCAGUUACUCGUAGAAAGUGCCUACAAAGUAACAUAGAAAAUAUAACAAAUCAGCUUUUAUUUCUUUUUAUUAUAAAAUUAAUGCCAAUUGUACUUUUCUAGUCUGGAACAUCAGUGUGUUACCAUGGUCAAAGUCUCAAUUGAUCGUUAUGGGAAAGUAUUGUAUCAUAAACACUGCUUUAUGUAUCAGUUGCCAUUUUACAAAAUCUGUAAUGUAAAGCAGUGUAUAUCAAGAUCUUUUGAACUUUAUUCACAAUUAGCAUGUGUCAAGAGUAAAUGAGUUUGUGUACAUGAUAGCAAUGAAUGAUUAUAUAUAAAUUAAAAUACCUGUUGCUGAAUUUAAUUACAGAAGCGUUGUCUAAUUCAAAUAUAUGAUGCAGUACUAUUAAAUAACUCAAAAAAAUAAUCUGUCAAUCUAUGUCACAUUUUUAAGAAAGAUAACAAAUAGAAGUAUUAAAAAUAAACACUAAAACUAAAAUAUCAUAAAUAAGCUUAUUCCUUAACUUGCUCUCUACACUUAGAAAUACAGUUUCCAUAUCUCAUACAUUUUUAAAGGAUAACAUUUCUUAUGAGCAAUUUUGUUAUAUACAAUUUUUUUGAUGUCUGUUAAAUAAAAUGUAAUGUAUUUAUAUUACACAUAACGCUUUCUGUAGUUAAAUUUAGAUUCUCAUAAAGAACUGCACAAUUCUAGUGUAUAGAAGACUUAUUUAAAACAAAACGAAAAUGAAGAAACUUAAUGUCAUUAAGAUUAUGAUUCAGUUAAUUGUCCAUCUUAGAUAAUUUCAUUGUCAACGAAAUGUGUAAUCAUUGAAGAAUCACUUUUGCAUAAGGAUUAGAAUUAUAGAAUAUUACUUGACAUAAGUACAUGAAUAGGGUAUUUAUUAUAGCAUUUUUACUAAAAAAAGUUUACAUCAAGACAUUAUCUUAUUACAUGUUUUUAUUUAUAUUUAUAUUUUAUUUAUAUUAUUUGUUUUAUAAUAUAAUUAAUAGUCACUGAUUUAUUUAUAAUUGCUUUUUCUAUAUCUAAAAUAAAUAGAUUAUUAAUUAUUUAGCAAAACUUUGCGAUAGUAGAUUCUUCAAUGAAAUAAAGUCUACAAGAAUUUUUUGCAUUUCAGCUUGUUAGAUGAAAUGCAAUGACAUAGUUGUACAAGUAAUAUUAUUUGUUCAAAAUUGUAUUAAAUGUUUUACUUCUUUUCAAAAAUAUUAUUAUUAUUCUGAUGUCCUGUUUCUGUAUUUAUGAAAUAAUUACAUUGUAAGAAAUUUAUUAGUAUCAUUUUUUUUCUCUUUUUAUUUUUAAUAAUUGUACAUUUGUACAGGACUGAAGAAAUCAACUCGAGAAGCUUGCAAACUUAAGAAUCUUAUAUUUCAACAUAUAGUUUAUCUGUUAUAAUGUUUAUCCCCCAUUGACAAUAUGUUUCGAAAUAUAUUAUUGUUAGAAGUUAA